UGGAAUCUAGGAAGUGCAGACCAGAGAGCAGAGACUGUGAGGGGCAGGAUCUGGAAGGAAAUCUGGGCAGAUCAGCCUUUGCUUCCCAGCUGUUCUGCUCUCCAAAAACACCAGAAACCCAGCACUCUGCAUUCGGUCUGGCUGCUGGACAUCCCAGCUAAGAAGACACCAUAGACAGCUACCCCAGCGACCUUAUUCCCAGGGAAGAGGGGACAUCACAGGAGGGUCACUCACUUUAUCACUGGGGAGCAGCACCAUCAACUGUUACCAGCCAUGGGUCAGACCUCCUCUUCUACACCCCCUCAGAAGGAGGAGCCUGAUUUGACCUCCAGCCUCGACACAAAUCUUCAAAAUUUCAAGAUGGAAACCAAGAUCCUGUCUCAGGAAUUAACCACCUUGAUUGGAUCAUACCUAAAGGACGGGAACCUGCGGGGAACAGUUUCUGCCAUUAGAGAUGCUCUGAGUGACAUUGAGAAAGCCCCACUGAACAUCGCAGUGAUGGGAGAGAUUGGGGCUGGAAAAUCCAGUCUCAUCAACGCUCUACAGGGAGUGGGGCCUGAUGAAGAGGGUGCAGCUGCUUCCACCGGAGUGAUAUGUACCACCACUGAGAGAAAACCAUACCCAUACUUCAAGGUUCCCAGUGUGACACUAUGGGACCUGCCAGGCAUUGGGUCCACUGCCUUCCAGCCACAUGAUUAUCUGAAGAAAAUCAAGUUUGAGGAGUAUGACUUCUUCAUUAUUGUCUCUUCUGGACGCUUUAAACACAAUGAUGCAGAACUAGCCAAAGCCAUUGUGCAAGUGAAUAGGCAUUUCUAUUUUGUUCGAACCCACACAGAUCAUGACCUAAUGGUUCAAAAACAGUGUAGUCCUCAGAGAUUCAAUAGAGAGAACACGUUAAAGCAGAUUCGAAAUUCCAUCUCAAGUAUACUUAAGGAAGUGACCCAGCAGGAGUCUCCAGUCUUCUUAGUCUCUAACUUUGAUGUGUCUGAUUUUGACUUCCCAGAGCUGGAGGCCACCCUUCUGAGGGAGCUCCCAGCCCACAAAUGUCACAUCUUCAUGCUCACUUUGUCAGUUGUUACGCAGUCUUCCAUAGACCAGAAGAGAGACACAUUGAAACAGGAGGUCUGGAAGGAAUCCGUAAUGCCAAGGGCAUGGGUCCCCAUAUCAUUUAAGGGCUUGACCAAAAAUGACAUACAGUUAUUGGAAGAGACUUUGAACCUCUGCAGAUCCUCCUUUGGCCUGGAUGAGGCAUCCCUGGAAAACAUUGCUGAGGAUUUGCACGUGGCCCUGGAUGAACUCAAGGAAAACAUUAAUUCUCCAAAUUUGCUCUCAGAAGAGCAGGGUAAAUCCUUAACAGAUAAACUUUCAGAGUACAUUAGCCAUUCUUACUUUUCAAAGAUUUUGCACUUGCAAAAUUUCUUCAUUGACACCGUGGCAAAUGAUGUUAAAUUUCUUCUUAGCAAAGAAGAGCUUUUCACAGGGAAGCAUCUUCUCCUGGAAACAGCUGCAUGCAAGCCUUCCAGACCCUCUCCUUCAACGGCUCAGCUUUUGGCAUCCAGCUUUGAAAAAUUUUUUAAGAACUUCAAGAAGGAAAGUAAAAUCCUCUCUGAGGAAACCAUCACCUUGAUUGAAUCCCACCUGGAGAAUAAGAACCUCCCGGGAGCGGUUUCUGCAAUCAGCAGUGCUCUGAGAAACAUCGACAGAGCCCCACUGAACAUCGCAGUGACGGGAGAAACAGGGGCAGGCAAAUCCAGCUUUAUCAAUGCCCUGAGGGGAGUGUGGGAUGAAGAAGAAGGUGCAGCUCCCACUGGGGUAGUAGAGACAACCAUGAAGAGAACUCCAUACCCCCACCCAAAGCUUCCCAUGGUGACAAUAUGGGACCUGCCUGGGAUUGGAUCCACAUCGUUCCCUCCCCAAAACUACCUAACGGAAAUGAAGUUUGGUGAGUAUGACUUCUUCGUCAUCAUCUCGGCUACUCGCUUCAAAGACACUGAUGCCCAUCUGGCCAAAGCCAUUGCCAAGAUGAAUACAAAGUUCUACUUUGUCCGAACCAAGAUAGAUCAAGAUGUAAGUAAUGAACAGAGGAGUAAACCUAAGACUUUCAAUAGAGACAGUGUCUUAAAGAAAAUCCGAGGUGACUGUUCAAGGCACCUCCAGGAGACUCUCUCCAGUGAGUCCCCAGUUUUCUUGGUCUCUAACUUUGAUGUGUCCGACUUUGACUUCCCAGAGCUGGAGACCACCCUACUGAGAGAGCUCCCAGCCCACAAGCGCCAUAUCUUCAUGCUGUCCUUGCACAGUGUUACUGAGACUGCCAUUGACCGGAAGAGGGAUUUCCUGAAACAGAAGAUCUGGCUGGAGGCCUUGAAGGCCGGAGCUUGGGCCACCAUUCCAUUUGGGGGCUUGGUCCUAGAUAAGAUCCAGAAGGUAGAGGAGACCUUGGACCUCUACAGGUCUUACUUUGGACUGGAUGAUGCCUCACUGGAAAAUAUUGCCAAGGAUUUUAACGUGUCUGUCAAUGAAAUCAAAGCACACCUUAAGUCUCUCCAUUUGCUAACAAGGACCAAUGACAUGUCCUUAGAAGAAAAACUAUGGAAAUACAUUGAAUAUAUUUCCUCUGUUACUGGGGGUCCACUUGCCACAGGCCUUUACUUUAGAAAGACUUUCUAUUUGAAAAAUCUCUUCAUUGAUACCGUGUCAGGUGAUGCCAAGACUCUUCUCAAUAAGGAGUUUUUAUCAGAGAAGCUGACUGACCCCCCAGAAUACUGGGAAGCAGCGAUGGAGCUAUGAAGCACUUACCUUCAGGCUGGCUUUGGUCACUGACUUAUGAGCUACUUUGAAGCAGCAAACAUUUUCCAUGAAAGACCAGAGGAUUCACCUUUUUCAGAGACUGUGGCAAGCUGAAGAAUAGUAAUCAACCAUGUAAAAACAUAUGGGAAAAACUGUCUCCCACUAAAAUAUCAUGUAUGAGAACACAUGGGUGUAUACAAGUAACUUGGAAUAUCCUUCUGGAAUUAACCUUGGAUCUUUUGUCUCACGGAGAUUUUCCAGGCAUUGGCAAACUCUCCUAAGAUGAAGACAGUGUUUCCUGCCUUGAUGACUUUUUUUUUGAGUUUUAUGAAGCACAAGGAGCUGGUUCCCAGCGUACAUCUCCACAUGAAGUGGUAUCUCCUGGACACAAGAGCUACCUGGUAGAUGAUCUUGGGACCAUCUUCUAUGCUCCUCCAGGAGGAGCUGAGUAACACACAGAUGGGUGGACAUAUCUGCAGGUUCUUUUGGUUCUUGGAAACAAGGAAAUUUCAUUCCAUCCUUCAUCAGUCAACCUGUGUGAGUUCAGAAUUCAGGUUGUAGGCAAAGUAAACACUAAUUAAAUUGUCUCUCCUUGGGGGUAAGGUCACUCCAAGACAUUACCUUACUACUUUAAUGUCUAGGAGACUUUGUUGGUGGUUAGCCUCACUUGAGUUGCUGCCCAGUUUCUUCAUCUACAGCAUCCUUUGAGACCCAGUGUCUUUUUUGGGCAUCUAACAUCACCCUUUGUUAAAAUCCCAGUGUUACUUUCUGUAUGUAGACCUGUCCUUCUAGAAGGAAGGUAAGGAGUCAUGCAUGGGAUCCAAUGUGCAGAAAACCAGCAUGCACAUUUUAGCUCUGCAUUAGGGCUCUUCGGAGAAAAGGAAGCAAUAUAUCAUAUCCAUAUCUUCUUAUUGCUGGAUCUAUAUAGUAUUAGAAUUAAUUCCUUUUGUGACACAGUGUGCUAAACACCUGACAGAAACUGCUGAAGAGAAGAAAGGUUUCAUCUGGCUCACAGUUUCAGAGAAUUACCCUCUGUCAUAAUAGAAGGGGCAUGGGAAGGAAAACACUCAGUGUAAGAGAAGAUGGUGAACAUGGUGGCAGAGAGCUAGGAGACAGCAAGGAGGAGGAGUAUCAAAGUACUGGCUCUCGUGACCUGCUUCCACCACCUAGGCCCUCCCUCCUAAAGGCUCAACAACAUCCCAAAAGAUAAUGCCAUGUUGGAAACUGGGUGAUUAACACCAGGGUCUGUGGUGGCCUUCAAACCAGAAAACUAUCACAUCCUCAACUUACCGCGUCUCUCUCCUCAACUUCCUCUCCUCCUUUCUCUCCUUUCCCUCUUCCUCCUCUUGUUCUUCCUUCUCUUCCUCUUUCCGUCCUCUCCCCCUUCCUUCUUCUCUUCUUCGAUUCUCUCUCUGCUUCUCUCCCUGCCUCCGUCUCUCAUUGGCUCACUCAGCUGUGAGACUUGCCAAGUACAGCAGCUACAGGGCAGCCUUGCAGCCCAGAAAUCUUGGGAGGAGUUGAUAUUACAGCUUCUGGCCAAACAGCAAGAAUUCUUUCCUCUCCUUCCCAGAGGGUGUCAAGGUUUGUUUUGUUUUUGUUAUCUCUAAGGUCUUCAGUUGGUCAGCCCGGGCAUUUGCAGUAGAGUCAUCUGAAGUAUUCAAAGUAUUCAAAGCCUCCUGCUUUAAAAUUUAAUCUCAUCUUAAAUUUACUUUCACAAUAACAUCUACAGUGGUGCUUGGUAAUUACUUGGGCACUGUCUUAGAUAGGGUCUCUAUUGCUGUGAAGACAGAGGUUCAGUCCAUUAUCAUCAAAGUGGGACGCGGUGACAGGCAGACAGACAGGGUGCUGGAGAAGGAGCUGAGAGUUCUGCAUCUUGACCAGCCAACAGCAGAAUGAGUCUAUGUCCCACACCAGGUGUAACUUGAGAAUAAAAGCCAGCUCCCCACAGUGACACAUUUCUUCCAACAAGGCCACCCUCCUAAUAGUGCCACUUCCUAUGGGGGGGGCCAUUUUAUUUCAAACCACCAUGGGUACCAUCACAUUGACAAGAUGCUAUGUAAAGUUAAUUUCCUCAAACCCCAUAAUUACCCUAAUCCACUUUAUACCAGCAGGUACAUAUAGUUACAUGGUUACAGUUACAAUUGUACUCUUUUGUGAGAUGCAGUGUGACAACUUUACUCAAAUAAACAACGCAUAAUCAUCCAAUCUGGAGAGAUGGCUCUGUAGUUAAGAGCACUGACUGCUCUUCCAGAGAAUCUAGAUUCAAUUCCCAGCAUCCACCAUGACAACUCAUAACUGUCUGUAACUCCAGCUCCACAGAAUCCAGCACCCUCACCCAGACACGCAUGCCGGUAAAACACCAAUGCACAUCAAAUGGAAACAAACAAAUAAUUUUUUAAAAUCUGGGGUGUCAGGCUUCCAUAUUCUUAGACAUAUUAAAAUUAUGGUGAUUAACAGGCAAUACUUUCCAACGUUAACGAGUACAUGGAACAGUAGAUGCUGACCAGUUCAAGGACAGUCAUCUGACUGUCUCUGUUCUGCUGAUUUGUAAAGAGCUUAAUAGACUGUUUUAAACAAGAAUCUCUGUGCUGCACUGCAGCAUGCUAGAACACGCUCCUUCCCUUUAACCCUUUGGUACCUGUUAUCCAAACUCUCUCUGCUCCUCUACCCAUUUUCCCAGUUUCUAGGAAUCACUGUUCUACACUCAGAUCAACCAUUAGUGUCCCACUGCAGGUGAGCAGAAUUAGUAACUUCUUCUCUCUCUGCCUCAUUGUCUUUUGAGACACCAGCUGCUGAGCUGUCUGUUCCUGAGGCCACUUACCUGCUGCCUCUGUGUCAUGUCAUGAGAACACCCAGGGCCCAGUCUCAGAGCCUUUAAUCUAUUUCUGUGCUUUCAGCAGUAAUAGUCACGGGGAAAAAGCCAUUAUAGUGUAUGUAUCAGGGGAAGCUGUCAGCAGAGAUGUCUGUCUGAGGAUGGAAGCUUUCUGUCCUAUAUGUGGGAAAUGUUUCGAUACAUCACAGAUUUGUGCGUUAUGGUUUAUAUUGAUUUUCAAAUUGACUGGACCUAGAGUCACCUUGGAGCCAAAUCUCUGGGAAUGUCUUUAAGGGAUUAUCUCAAUUAAACUUAACUAAUUGAUUAACUAAUUAACUUGAUUAACUAAUCAAGAUGGAAAGACCCACCUUAAAUGUGGGCAGCGCCAUUCCCUAGGCUGGAGCCCUGAACUGCAUUAAAUGGAGAAAUCCAGGUGAGCACCAGCGUUCAUCUCUCUCUGCUCCCUGAGUGUGGAUGUGAUGUGAUCAGCUGCCUUCCCAUCACAGUGGACUGUAGCCUUGAACUGUGAACCAAAAUAAACUCCUUCUCUCUUAAAAUGUUUUUGCCAGGGUAUUUUAUCCCAGCAUCAGAAAAAAAUCACUAUUACAGGUAACUGACCAGUUGAGCAGUGGUG